AUGGAAGCCGAAGCGAAGGACACCACGAAUCGACGAAAGCGCCCAGACAAAAAGAAUUUCCAGUCUAUGAUGGCGACCAAGAUGCGGCAUCUCAAAAAGAAAGAUGGUGAGCCACUUUGGAGAGCAGACAUUCAGUACGAUUUCCUCUCAGCGAUCUUCCGGAACGAGCAAAAGGUAUUUACGAGUGCCUACCAGAAGAAGCCUGGAUUCACCUUUGCAGAUAUUUAUAUUGAAGCAAUGGCAGAGUCUACUCGGUGCUCCAAAGUUCUUGGCGAGAAGCUUCGCACCGAUAGAGAGGCUGGCAUAGGGAUUGCAAUGGUGUGCCUGCUGGUGAAUAUUGGGCGCAUGAAUACAACGCUGAACUUUUUCCCUGAAAUGAAGGCUCAAUUGCGCACAUACCAUCCGAUCCCUAGUCUUCAAAGCAAUACUAAUGCGGACUAUAAACAACUCCAGGAUGCACCAAGACUGAAAUCAAUAUUGAAAGGCGCGUGCGAGAACCAGAACGAACCAAGCACAUUCGAAGAACUUAAAGCGAGCAAACUGGUACCUAAAACAAAUCCAGUGAAUGUCUUGUUUUUGCUGACCAGCUUCAACUCCCGCAUAGAAGAGCAGAUGUUCGACAGCACCUUAAAGUUCUAUGAUUUACUCAUGAACGAGAACCUCAGCUCAUCAUCGCGAGCCAGGUCGUUUCUAUGGCUCAUGUGGGCGUGGUUAGAAUCUGAUCUAAGUCCUGAACAGCUCAAACUCAAUCCCUUUGGUGACGGCGAAGGCACUGUGCCUAUUCCUUACACCAUGACCGCCGAGGAGAAAGCGCUUGAAAACAUCGACACUCCGGCGGAGAUUUCGUUUGGCAAACAAAAGACAUUACAGAGACUAACAUAUCUCGAAGGAAGUGUGCCCCAGCCACCUCGACGACGAGCAGGCCCAACUAUUUUCGCCAGCAAUCAGAGCAAUGCUGUUAGUCUGCCCACGCCGCGUACAGCUAAGGAGAGAAAGAUUUACGACGAAUUUGCGACUCUCUUGAAGGAAAAACGAACCCGACGAAAAGAACGAAGACAAAAAGCGGGCAAUGUUAUUCGACUGUGGAGCUCCAUGAAAGACAUAGAUGCCGGCUACGACUCGGAAACCGAAUUCUUCUGCAAGGAUAGCGGUUCGUCUGAAGCUAUGGUCGCGGUUGGAGUUACCAACGAAGGUGGGGACUACGGCGAGCUCGUAUCUUCAUUCUCAAGAAGCCUCAGAACCAUUGCAAAGAAACUAAACAUUUAA